AUGCCAGCUCGUCGGUCUACUGCGAGGGCUUCGAGCGCCACGCCCAUCAGGAAUGCAUCUCCCGCCAAACGAUCAACCCGCGGUGCUAGUGUCCUAGCAGUGCCGGACUCUGCGACUGUGAGGCGCACGGGUAGGAGUGCUUCUCAACAGCCAGGCGCAUCGGAGAUCAAUCUCAAUAACCCAAGGCUUCCUGAAGUGCAAAUCCAACAAUCCUAUGCCUAUGGUUCAAGCAAGACACCUGUACUUCCUACUCAGCUGGUGGCUCGAAGUCGGAUGAACUUGAGAGAACUUGCUGAUACGAUUGAUGCUGGAGUAGAACAAGCUCAGCAGCACCUUCAGGAUCACCUUGAAGAGGCACAUGCUAAUCUACAAACCGAUGCUAGAACGGAACGAGCAGAACGAAGAGCGUCCCGAGAAGCUUCAGUCGCAAGCGAUGAUAUUGAGAAAAACAAAACUCGACGGGUCGAGGCGUGGGCAAAUUCACUUGACAGUAGUCAACUCGACGAAAUUCCCGAGGAAGACAGCAGUGAUGAAGCAAGCAACCAUGAUGAUGCUAGCCGGAAGGACACAGAUCCGUCGAGCUUUCCUAGUGGGAUAUUCGACCAUAGCUACAAUUACGAAAGAGGUCUUCGAAAACCUAACAUCAUGAUGCGUAAGCCAGAAGCAUCGAUAUUUCAAAGAGCAUCGACGAAAGCAACCCGUGCCAUCGAGGCAUCACGACAACUCCUCUCAACGACAUGUUCAGCUGCGCUUCAUUGGACUCAUGGCCUGUUUUGGGCAUUUUCACAAGCCAUUCGUGAAAUCCCAAAUUCUUCAAUCAUCGCUUUCAUUGUUGUCACUAUCCUGGGCCUCCUUCUGGUUAGCAUGACAGGUCUCAUAUUGUGCUACACAUACAAUACCCAAAUAUGUGAUCCACUUACAGCCUCUCCAAUUGGAAUGACACUCCAGAAGUACUGUGGGUCCUGUGUUAGAAACCCUACCUCUGGUAUCAAUUUGACUACCGGGAAUGGAGAGGAUCUAAGGAAAUUGACCGCAGCAAUCAACAACAUCAACAGCCAGAUGCGAGCCAUGGAAUCGCGGCUGACCGGAAGAAUCGAUAAUGAGCACGCAGCCGUGGACAAGGAUUUCGAAGUACUGAGGAAACAACAACUGGAACUGUCAAACCAAAUCUCAAGAUUUGGAUCCGGAAGUCCCAAGUCUGCUCAUGAUGUUGCCUCGCCGGUGAUUCCGAAGAUUAAUUACUUCGCACCAAAUAAUGGAGCGAUCGUUGUACUGGGCCCUACAUCACCAACAAAGGAGAAACCACUCUCCUUCAUAAGAAGGGUUCUUUUGCGUGCCGUUUUCUCGACAUAUUACAAGACCAAGGGUCCCGAGACAGCUUUGGAGGCCUGGCAAGAUGUCGGAGACUGCUGGUGCGCAUCGGCGAUGCCUAGUGAGCAGGACUCGAUGCGUUUAGUUGUUCAAACCUCCGAAAUGAUCUUUCCGUUCGAAUUGGUGCUCGAAAACUAUCCCAAUGCCGGCUCCCUCUUCCCUGGAUCGAUUCCGAAGAGACUAGAACUCUGGGCCGAUUUUGACCAUCUUGACAGCCUGGAGUGGGACAGGCUAGGAAUAAGACAUAUGCAGGGAAACAAUCCGUUCGGUCCCACCUAUGCAUUGAUUGGGCAAGCUGAGUAUGACGCCUCUGACGAAGCAGCCCACGUUCAGGCAUUCACAUUGGAAGUGAACCAGGGUCAAAAUGAGCAUCACGCUCAGAAAUUCGUGGUUCGAGUUCUAUCAAACCAUGGCUCCGAUCAUACCUGCCUAUACAGAGUCCGGUUACAUGGCAUUUCGGCCAACAAGACCAAAAAUUGA